GUACUAGUCACUCCUCCUCCAUCAGUAGGACGCUGCUCCACCCUCUCCAGUGCGUUCAUCUCUCCGUCCGUUACUGUCCCACGAGUGGAGAGGAUUUCAGCACCGGGACAGAUCCACCACACAUCCACCACCGUCUCAGGCAUCAUGGCGACAGAGUUCCACAACCUCCAGGAGCUGCGUCAUAGUGCAUCUCUGGCCACCAAGGUCUUCAUUCAGAGAGACUACAGUGACGGCACCAUCUGCAAAUUCCAAACCAAGUUUCCCGCAGAGCUGGACAGCAGGAUCGAGAGGAGUCUGUUUGAAGAAACGGUGAAGACGCUCAACUGCUAUUAUGCAGAGGCUGAAAAGAUUGGCGGUCAAUCCUACCUGGAAGGCUGCCUGGCUUGCGCUACGGCCUACAUCAUCUUCCUGUGCAUGGAGACACGCUAUGAAAAGAUACUGAAAAAGAUCAGCAUGUAUAUUCAGGAGCAGAAUGAAAAGAUCUAUGCACCCAGAGGCUUGCUCCUCACAGACCCCAUCGAGAGAGGCAUGAGAGUGAUUGAAAUCUCCAUCUUUGAGGACAGUGGCUCCACCAGCUCCAGCUCUAGUGGAAGUUCUCCGACCAGUAGCACGGCUCAAUGACUGGAGGAGCAGCACCAGGGGUACGGGUACAGGGGAGCCGGUACGCUCGCCAAAAUCCGCAUGUUGAAACAUGAGAGCACCAGAUUUUAAAAAGAGAGAGAGAGAGGAAGUAUUGCUCACUCGCUCGCUUGAUCCAGACAACAAGAGCAAAACCAGGAGCUUUAACUCACAAACACAUCUCCCCUUCCCCAUCUCAUUUAAUUCAGCUUCCUUUGCAUUUCCAUUAGUGACAGACACAAGUUGAUCAGACGCCCUCAAUAAUUAAAUAAAGAGGGCUAGCAGAUGGGUACAAUGGUCGGAGUGCUUCCUACAGAUUUCUCACUGUGCCUUAGCUCUGGAAAAUCAGGUUAAGAUGGUUUUGAAACAACAUAGCUGGUUUCUAGGUAGUCUAAGCUGGUAAUUCGCUGGUUUACCAUGUUCCAAAAGACAUCUUAAAUUGGCAUUGCCAGCUAGUAGCUGGUUUGUUGCUGGUCUAAGGCUAUAUCUACACUAAUCUGGGUUCAUUUAAUAAUGUGUCUAUUUUCUCUAAGUGUGGUCCAUCCGCCCUCACUGAGACAGCAUAUUUGUCCUGCUAAAACAAAGCUUUCUGAAGACAUUCUCCAAAGUGGAUAAAUUUGAAAAUGCAGUUUUCAGUCUAUACUGUACCUAUAGAUAUUGUACCUAUAGAUGUUUAUACCGGUAUGUGCCUGCUUUGUGCUAUUCACUUUCACAGUGUUGCUAAAGAUAAAUGCUACUUUGUACAAUCUUCAUAUUACAUUCCUGCAAAAAUGACAAAAAAAAAAAAAAAUUGCUCUCCUUUGGCAAAAUAUGAGGGCAGCUGCAUUUUAUUCAACAUGAAAUGGAGAUAGAGUGCGACCUGAACACACCAGUAAGUGGUGAGAUAUUUUGCAAAUAAAAUAAUUAUGUGAGAAGAAUAGCAUAAGAA